GCACGGUGGGUUGCUUCCUACGCCAGCAGCGUUUGUUUGGUGUGCUCCCCUUUAGAUGGGGGUAGUAGUAGCAUCGGGAAACACAACCACCACAUUUUCAUAUGCAGCUCCAACUCUACAGUGAAGCAACCUUUUCUCGUGCGGAGCUUCAAGUUGGGGCCAAAGGAAAAUAACACAGAAAAAAAACAUCCCACUAGAAAUUGUUUGCUGAUGAUGUUGCUGUAGUGUUUUUUUUCUGCUUCUCCCCCGGUGGCGAAAGAGCAGCUCGGGUUUGGUGGCCCCGAAUGGCGGCCAUGAUAUGCAUUCAGCAGUCCCUUGCAGUUUGCUUGCUACCGGCGCACGUAAGCGCACGUAAACGCAAAACCUUCCAACGCGCGAAUACGCGAAAAACGCGUCGUAUUAUUUUUCGUCGUCGUCGCCGUUGCGUGUACGCUUAAGGGGUGUGUGCGUGUGUGUUUUUUUCUUCUCCGUAUCAGAAUUUGGGAAAAAUUUUAAACACCCCGACUAGUAUCAACGAUCAAUGGCGAAAACUUGCUUUCCAGUGGGCCGUUGUGCAAAAGUAAAGCAGCCAAAUAAAUAAAUAAAAUCAGGCCUGACAGAGAUUAUCGUUCGAUAGCGUUCGGGGGCUGCAGGAAAAAAUAGGCUCCAUUAAUUUUCCUUUCGCCCGUACAAAGCUCGAAAAUGGCUCGCGGAUGUGUUGAAACUAUUGGCAGUGUGAUGUGUGCGCGUGUGUGUGAUUAUUGUGAUGCUGAAUGGGUUUUCAUCGGGCAGCCACUCGAUGCUGCUCUCUAGAUUGAAGUGUUUGCAAUUUGAAGGAAGCAAAAAACAUCGUCCGCCGAGCUAGCUGUUAGCUUUGUUGGUUUGAUUUUGAAAUAAAUAACAAAAAUAGGCUGCUAGCCCGCUUGGCCGUCGACGUGUGGAGUGGUGAAGAGUGAAUUAGUUGAAGAAUUGUGUAGAAGGGCAAUUCGAAAAUGCUGUUAGGAACGCAAACGGUGGCAGCAGCGGCAGCAGCAGCUGCAGCACUGGUUGCAUCGAAAACGGGAAGCAGCGGGACCGAUUUUUCAAUCGCCGCCAUUAUGGCCCGCGGUGGAAACGGUUCGAGCCGGGAGCCGUCCGAGCGAAGCAGCAGUCCUUUAUCUGUUGAUCGGUUCCCGGAAGCGGAUGACGAUAUCGAUGUGGAUGUGGAGCAAUGUAGUGAUUCUGAGGUGGCUGCUACCUCUUAUCGCAGCACAGCGAAAGUUCGAACGUCCAAGGCUCGUACGGGAACAACGUCACCGGCCCGCACCACUGGCAGUCCUUCCGACGAGGAACGGCUCACACCGGAACCGGCACAGUCCAAAUCAACGAUCGUUGGAUCGUGCAACUGUGACGAGCUGCGACCCGUACAGUGUCAUCUGGAAACGAAGGAGCUGUGGGACAAGUUCCACGAUCUUGGUACUGAGAUGAUCAUCACGAAAACGGGACGACGCAUGUUUCCAACAGUUCGCGUUUCAUUCUCGGGCCCACUGCGCCAGACGACCCCUUCCGAUCGGUACGUCGUGCUGCUCGAUAUCGUUCCGAUGGACAGUCGGCGCUAUCGGUACGCCUAUCACCGUUCGUCCUGGUUGGUGGCCGGGAAAGCUGACCCACCGCCACCCGCCCGCCUGUACGCCCACCCGGACACACCCAUCGGGCCCGAAGCGCUCCGCAAGCAGGUCAUUUCGUUCGAGAAAGUUAAGCUCACCAACAACGAGAUGGACAAGAAUGGUCAAAUUGUACUGAACUCGAUGCAUCGCUACCAGCCCCGGAUUCAUCUCGUGCGUCUCGGACCGGGUCAACAUAUUCCUAACUCACCAAACGAGCUUCAGGAGGUGGAUCACAAGACGUACGUCUUUCCGGAAACUGUGUUCACCGCAGUGACGGCAUAUCAAAACCAGCUGAUAACGAAGCUGAAGAUUGACUCCAACCCAUUCGCCAAGGGAUUCCGGGACUCGUCGCGAUUGACCGACUUUGAUAGUUACUCUGGCAUGGACCCGAUGGAUGCCCUAUUGCUGGAGCAACAUCUACGCUCACCGAUGCGCCUCUUCCCCGACCCGAUGGCGAUGGCACAGUUCGCUUCCAGCCAGGAGCUGGACGGUUCCACCCAGGCCGCCCUCUUCGAGAAGGCUCGCCAGCAUCUUCAACUCUGGGGUCGUUCGCCGUACAGUGAGUUACUGCUGCCCCAGAUGUACCAGCGCCCACCUGCCAAUCUAGGCGCCCUCAAUCUCGGACUUUGGCAGGCAGCCGGUGGACAGUGGCCACCACAACUUCCAUCCGGAUUUCUUCAGCAGUCCGCAGCUUCUCUUGCUGUAGCGGCAGCCGCGGGUCAGAGUCCUCGAACUCCACCGCCGCCACAUCCACCGCCCCCCGUUUCGAGUCCUUCACCAAACGCUGGAUCACCGUCACCGGGUGAGAUGCGUGCGCGACCGAUGGGCAAUCGAUUCAGCCCGUAUCAGAUACCGCCGCAGCAUGGUCAACAUCCACCUACAGCCUCCCGCACACCACCAAACUAGCCUUCGAAAGAGUUCCGUUGUACAUAAGGCGUCGGUGUAAAUAGUUGUUCACGUGAGGGACCGGUGUUGUUAAGAUGAGCCGAACAUAUUGAUUCACCUAUUGUUAUUUAUUUUAGCUAUCGAUAGGAUUUUUCUUUUAAAGUUUAAAAUUUGUUUCUUUAGUAAAAAGAGAAUGAAUGCUACAUUUUUUUGGUAAACAAUUAAAGUAAAGUAAAUGUGCGAUGAGUUAUUUGUACUUUCUUUUAACUAUUAUACAGCAAACAACUUUGUAAAAAGUG